AUGACCUUCGAGAUCCCCCUCAACGACUCGGGCUCCGCGGGGCUCGGGGUCAGCGUGAAGGGAAACCGGUCCAAAGAGAACCACACAGACCUGGGAAUCUUUGUCAAGUCCAUCAUCCACGGAGGAGCUGCCAGCAAG